CUCAAGUGUGUGCCCAACGCCCACCGUAGUUCCGUGUUGACCCGAUCAUAUUUUACUCGCAGUAGAGCGUGUGGCCGCAAUGUUGGCAAGGGCCCCCGCUGCCGUCCUGGCCCUCCUGCUCGGCGCGGGCGGCCUGAAGCUCCAGGACCCGGGCCCGGAGCCUGGCGGCGCUGCGCUCGGCCAGGCGAGCGGCGAGCUGGCGGCCACGGAGGAGGCGGCGUGGCCGGGGCUCUUCGGCUCCCCGCGCCGCACCCGGCGGCAGGCCGAUGCCUCGGAGGGCCUGGUCAAGAGGGCCGCGCCCGAGCAGACUGGCCGUAUCGCCGUGCUGGUGUCGGGCUCCGUGAAGGGCCUCCUGCUCACGCCGCUGCUCGCCAACGUCGUGCGCGCCAACGCCGUGAAGGGCCUCGAGGUGGACCUCUACUUUGGCCUCAAGGAGGCGCUGCCGGGCGCCACCAAGCGCGAGGAGGUCCUGCGGGUCCGGGGCCAGUUGAG